AUGGGGAAUAUUCUAGGAGAUAUACUUGUUUCAACUGGUAGAAGGAGGCACGGUCCUGCUGCCAUGAGCGAGCAGCGGCAUAUUGGUGAUGAAUGGGCGGCUGCUGGUAGUCGGGCUGUUGGGCAGCGUGGAAUUGAUAUGGUUGAUGCCAAUCUGUGUAAACAGGCUGUCCGGACUGAUAAUCGUGACAGAGGAAACGCAUACUACAAGUCUUACGGCGACUUCGUGCAGGUCGGAGAAGAGGACGUCUUCAGCACGCAAGUGAAGAUCGAAGUGGAGCGGUCCAAAACCAAAAGCAACUAUGUUCACCUACGAUUCGGCUAUUUCAACAGGUACUGGCGCCGAAAAGAAGACAACGACAAGUACAUUGUUGGCAGAUCCGACCAGCCCGAGGAGGAUGAGACUAAUCCCUCCUGCACCUUGUUCGAGCCUGUCAUGGUUGAUGAGAAGAACAGCGUGUUCUACUUGAGGCACGUCCAGAGCGGAGGGCGUGUGUCGGUAGACGGCUCGACCAACUCCUUGUACGUGGAUGACGACGAUGUGGAUAAGGAUGAAAACUACCUAACUUUUGUGGAUUGGAAUACAUUAGUUAAACUGCCGGCAAACAACGUAGCCUUCAAAGCGAAUAACGGCAAGUACCUUAGAGCGCCUGGUGCAGUCAUGGCCUUCUCGUCGGAUGAUCCGAAUGAAAUACUGUCCAGCUUCAGGGUGGAACAGAAGCCGGACGGACAUGUGGAGAUAUUGCAGCCUAGCUAUCCUGGAAUGCAGUGGAGAGUCAUAGAUUUCAAUGCAUGGGUAUUAUUGGAUAACCAAUGGAAUCAAUUUUGGCCUGUCAAAGUCGACGAAAAUUCGAUCGCGCUCCGCAGUUCAUACAGCAAUAACUUUUGCUUCAUUAACUCCGGCGAUGGAUUCACAGAUAGCUUACAGGCUUCAGCUGCGACCAUCACGAAGGAAGCAAUACUGCAGGUGCAGGAAUCGGUGCUGGAGAGAAAGAUCUACAAUGUGAUGUAUCAGAUGGAGUAUGCUCGGAUAUUCGACGAGGUUCCUUACUUGGCUGGCUCGGCCACGCUUGUUAACGACAAAGAUGAGGAGGCUUCCAUGGAGGUGUCUGUUACAUAUCAAGAUGAGAAAUCUUACAGUUUUACCCGCAGUUUAUCAUUAACUGCGGGUGUGUCAGCCAGCAUGCAAGCUGGGCUUCCCUUCAUCGAGCAAGCAACGAUUACAGUGAGUUACGAGAUCAAUGGGACGUUCCAGUGGGAUACCACCACCACAAAUACAACCUCGGUUACAGCCACUGGGACAGUUACUGUACCGGGGAAGAGUACGGUUACAGUUGAUUAUGUCGGGACAAGAGGGACUUGCAGUGUUCCCUAUUAUUACACGCAGGAAGAUAAGAGUUCCCUGGAUGGCCAAACUGUUUAUACUGAUCUGGUUGAUGGUAUUUACACUGGCGUCAACUAUUACAACUUCAAUUUUCAUGUUAGGGACACUACCCCACUCUGAGUUGCUCUACCAACGAUAUCCAAUCUAAUUUGCUUUUUUUUUUUUUAAUGUUAUUAUGUUUGUGUACUGUGUGUCGACUUAAUUUGGUUUCCGUAUGUUGUUGUGAUAAUAAUUUCCAGAUACAUAUGAUUUGUCUGAUGAUCCCAAGUUGUAUGCAUCAUUCUGCUUCAUUUGAAUUUUGAAUAUUCGUACUUUAUUUGGUUAUGUGCA